AUGGAGAAAAAUCAUAAGUUGGCAACUUCUACUAGUCCUCUUCUUGAUAAUGUUGAGCAAUAUCGUUGGUUAGUUGGUAGACUCAUCUAUUUGUCUUUUACUAGACCUGAUUUGGCUUAUUCUGUACACAUCCUUUCUCAAUUUCUUGGUGCUCCACGUCAUGAUAAUUGGAAUGCUGCUAUUCGAGUAAUUCGAUAUCUUAAAGGAUGUCCUAGUCAAGGCAUUAUUCUUCAUUCCGAUUGUGAUCUAUCUUUAAGUGGAUGGUGUGAUUCAGAUUGGGCUAGUUGUCCUCUUACUCGUCGCUCAUUAUCAGGUUGGCUAGUUUUUCUUGGACAUUCUCCUAGUUCGUGGAAAACCAAAAAGCAAGUUAUUGUUUCUAGAUCGUCAACUGAAGCAAAGUAUAGGUUCAUGGUUGCUGUGACUUGUGAACUUAAGUGGCUCAAAGGUUUUCAUAGAAGUUUGGGGAUGCAUCACCCAAAAGUGAUGUCUUUGUUUUGUGAUAGUCAGUCUGCUCUCUACAUUGCUUGA